UCUGUAGGUUGAAACUGAGCUAUUUGGGAUAUCUGCUGUUUCUGAUGUUCGGAGGCUAUAGUAUGCUGAUUGCAGGCGAGGAACGCGUUUGUCUAGGAGUCGGAUUACCCUCAGACCUUCAGCUAUUGGCGGCAACGGGCUCCUUCCUUUUUAUUUUUAAAUCAUCUUUCUUUCCUUUUUGGUCACAAUUGAUCACAAGGAUAAUACUUGGCUGGCGCUUCACGCAGUAUAGCGAGGACGAAAUAUAUAAUCGGAUUACUCUGCAAAAAGGACACUAUGUAAACGGGCAGUCCUCUGUAAACAAUAAAAACAGGAGGGCGGCUGCUUGUAUCCUAAUCCCCUCGAACACUGCUGUGUUGCGUACUGCUGCGUUUGAGGAUCUGUACGAGAAAAAUCUCGCUUCAUGUAUUUAAAACGCCUAGGCGUUGAUCAUUUUAUAAUUUUUUGUCAGGAGAGAGAAAAGGCGGCACCAAGAUCUGGUGAAUCAUAGGCAGGAGCUGUAGACAUGGAGCUAUGCAGUUACUUCCAUAGGCAGCUAAACAGGAGGGAAGGUUGGUGCCAGCAGGAGCAGCUGAGGUGCCCACCGAAGUGAUUCGUGGAAGAUUUUCCUUUCGAGGGAGGCGCGGUGACAAAGGAUUUGGCGCUUGACUCCAACUGUGAGCAGCUUCCCUUCGUGUGCACAGGCUGUGCGAGAUGUACCUCCUGGAGAGUAGCGACCCGCCCCCCGCCCAGUCUUCCUUGUGCGCGAUGGAGCGGGGGACCCUCCAGCGGAAAACGGUCUAUCGCAUCUCGGUGACCCUUGUGAAGAAGGAAGCGCUCGGCGUGGCCGGCUUGUCCCGAGAUGGGCUGCUGCUGGAGGAGGAGGAGGAGGAAGACGGCAAAUCGGCCAAGUGUGCUGCUAGGCAGGCUUUCCGCACCUUCCGGACCCUUAGCACUGGGCAGCUGGAGUUGGGCCGUCUGAAGGUGGCUAAGCGAGCUGGGCUUGGCUGUAGAUGGCCUUAUGCAGAGCGGCCGCGGGGGAAGGACUUGGCGCAGGAGGCUGCUACUCUACUUCUCGGGGGCUCCGAGGCGGAACUGCAGAGCGCGGGGGCACUCCGGGCGCCGCGCUCCCCCUUUGCAUGCCCCGAGGAGGUAGCCGCCGGUGCCGCCUCCUUCCUCAGUCCCAGGAGGCAGCAGCCAGCGGCUCCGUUGCGCCGGAGCUGCAGUUUCAGACACUGGAGUGGGGGGGAGGUGCUGCGGCUGCGCGCCCUGGCCCGGACCAAACGCCACAGCAGCUCAGGCUGCCUCUCUCUCCCUGACACGAUCACCGGUGCCGGGCGGCUAGGAGCUGGGAGGCGCAAUACACUGACGGCGGCUGAAGAAGCAGCGGGCCAAGGGUUGGAAUGCAGCGAGGGCAAGAAGAGCAGCAGCGGCGACCUACGUAGACUUUCGGAGCGGCUGGUGGAUUGGGAGAGUCCCGCCGGCAGCACCGCCCCUUCCCAGGAGCGCAGAUUCCUCCGUUUCUUCAGUGGCGUCUUUUCCCCCUUCGGGAGUCCGCUCGGCCGGUCCCCUCGGCCUAGGGUUUGCGGAGGAAGCCUGAAGAGAAGCGUCCCCGGAGACGAGCAGUCCAGCACCGAGAGCCUCACCGAGUCUCUAAGCAGAGAUGCCUUUGUAAAUAGCCAGGAAUGGACACUAAACCGGUCUGUGCCAGAACUCAAAGUGGGAAUUGUGGGAAAUCUAGCUAGCGGUAAAUCUGCCCUUGUACAUCGGUAUCUGACUGGGACAUAUGUCCAGGAGGAAUCGCCAGAAGAUAUGGAUGCAGGUGGGAGAUUCAAGAAAGAGAUAGUAGUUGAUGGACAAAGCUACCUGCUUCUGAUUAGAGAUGAAGGGGGUCCUCCUGAGGCACAGUUCGCCAUGUGGGUGGAUGCUGUUAUAUUUGUCUUCAGCCUAGAGGAUGAAAUUAGCUUUCAGACUGUGUUUCACUACUAUAGCCGUAUGGCAAACUAUCGCAACACUAAUGAAAUCCCAAUGGUACUUGUAGGAACUCAGGAUGCUAUAAGUUCCAGUAACCCUCGGGUCAUUGAUGAUGCUAGAGCACGGAAACUGUCAAAUGACUUGAAGAGAUGCAUCUACUAUGAAACCUGUGCUACCUAUGGGUUGAAUGUGGAGAGAGUCUUUCAGGAUGUUGCGCAGAAGAUUGUAGCGACCAGAAAAAAGCAGCAGCUUUCUAUAGGUCCUUGCAAAUCAUUACCAAACUCUCCAAGCCACUCGUCUGUAUGUUCAGCCCAGGUUUCUGCAGUACAUAUCAGCCAGACCAGUAAUGGAGGAGGGAGUUUAAGUGAUUAUUCCUCCUCUGUUCCAUCUACUCCAAGCACCAGCCAGAAGGAGCUAAGGAUUGAUGUUCCACCUGCUACCAACACUCCAACACCUGUUCGUAAACAGUCCAAGCGCCGGUCCAACCUUUUCACGUCUCGGAAAGGGAGCGACCCAGACAAAGAGAAGAAAGGACUGGAGAGCAGAGCUGAUAGCAUUGGAAGCGGCCGUGCAAUCCCAAUUAAACAGGGUAUGUUGCUAAAGCGAAGUGGCAAGUCAUUAAAUAAAGAGUGGAAGAAGAAGUAUGUUACACUUUGUGAUAAUGGUGUGCUGACCUACCAUCCAAGUCUACAUGACUAUAUGCAGAAUGUUCAUGGAAAAGAAAUUGAUCUUUUGAGAACAACAGUUAAAGUCCCAGGGAAAAGGCCACCUCGAGCCACAUCAGCAUGUGCACCCAUUUCUAGUCCAAAAACAAAUGGCUUGUCCAAAGACAUGAGCAACUUACAUAUCUCACCAAAUUCAGGGAAUGUGACUACUAGUACAUCUGUGACUCAGAUGACAAGUGGCAUCAGCCUUGUUUCCUUCAACAGUCGACCGGAUGGGAUGCAUCAGCGUUCCUAUUCAGUUUCCAGUGCGGACCAGUGGAGUGAGGUGACAGUCAUUGCAAAUUCAGGCAUCAGUAGUGAUACUGGUUUGGGAGAUUCUGUGUGUUCCAGCCCAAGUAUAUCUAGCACUACAAGUCCUAAGCUGGAUCCUCCUCCUUCCCCUCAUGCUAAUCGGAAAAAGCAUCGCAGGAAGAAAAGCACUAGCAAUUUUAAAGCUGAUGGUAUCUCAGGCACAGCUGAAGCCAAACGCAAAGCAUGGAAACUAAAUCGUGUUGGUAGCCUGCGAAACAUAUACAGCAGCAGCAGCACCAACACCGAAGAACAAGAAGAAAACUUUGAAUUUAUUAUUGUGUCCCUUACUGGUCAGACUUGGCACUUUGAAGCUACAACAUAUGAAGAAAGAGAUGCUUGGGUGCAAGCAAUAGAGAGUCAGAUUCUGGCCAGCCUGCAGUCAUGUGAGAGCAGCAAGAAUAAGUCCCGACUGACAAGUCAGAAUGAGGCCAUGGCCCUGCAGUCAAUAAGAAACAUCAGAGGCAAUUCUCGCUGUGUGGACUGUGAGGCACAAACUCCUGACUGGGCAAGCUUAAAUCUGGGUGCACUCAUGUGUAUUGAAUGCUCAGGGAUACACCGGAACCUUGGCACACACCUGUCACGAGUCCGAUCACUUGACUUGGAUGACUGGCCUAUAGAACUCAUCAAAGUGAUGUCUUCCAUUGGGAACGAAUUAGCAAAUAGUGUGUGGGAAGAAAAUACCCAAGGACGUGCAAAACCUGCUCCAGACUCCACAAGGGAAGAAAAAGAGCACUGGAUCCGGGCAAAGUAUGAGCAGAAGCUUUUUCUUGCUCCACUUCAGUGCUUAGAGCUUUCCUUAGGACAGCAUCUGCUAAGAGCAACUGCAGAAGAAGAUUUGCGGACUGUCAUCCUGCUCCUUGCACAUGGAACACGAGAAGAAGUUAAUGAAAGUUGUGGAGAUGGUGAUGGACGAUCAGCCCUACAUUUGGCUUGCAGGAAAGGAAAUGUAGUGUUGGUGCAGCUCUUAAUCUGGUAUGGUGUUGAUGUUAUGGCCCGUGAUGCUCAUGGAAACAGUGCUUUAGCCUAUGCCAGACAAGCAACAAGCCAAGAAUGUGUUGACAUCCUCCUGCAGUAUGGCUGCCCGGAUGAGCGCUUUGUUCUCAUGGCUACUCCCAAUUUAUCCAGAAAGAAUACUAACAGGAACAACAGCAGUGCAAGGAUGCCCACCAUCAUCUGAAGAAUUUGGUGGUUAUUCUCUGGCAUUACUAACAUCCACAGCCUCAUUAUGCAUUACCUUCACAGCUGAGGUCUGUGAAUUCAUAAAAUGAGCCUUCUCCUUUCCUCACCAGUCCUCGCUUUCUCCAGGAGGAAAAAAAAAGCCUGGAUAUUGUAAAGAGACAAGAAGGAGAAAAGUGGACUGCAGAAACCAUUUGUUUUAAUAAAAAGAUCUGAAUGAUGAAACUGUAAAAGGGAGGGGAAGACAGAGAGGUCAUGGAUUCACUAAUGAUAGCACAUGACAUGGGACCAUUUGACUGGGUGUCUCUAGGCAGGGGCUCUCACAAGUAUUGCAUGGAAGUUACUGGAGGGAGACAACAGGAGAAAGAAGAAAGAAGAAAUUGUAACUUUCCUUAACUGACAGUUAAGCACAUCAGUACAUUUCACCUCUACCAAACUGAACAUUUGGAUUUCAUUCUCUUUUCCGAAGAGCUUGACGGCAUAAAUCAGAAGCAAGCACAGAGUUUGUCAGGUUUGAAGCUCCUAUGAUGGUAUGUGUCAAAUCAGUUGUAGCUAAUCUGUCCAGGGAGAAUACUGGCUUCAUUACACUUGUAUAGUUGAGUUCUUCCAGCAUUACUGCUGUUUAAUAGAACAUGAUUAGUCAUCACGGAGAAAAAAGCAUAUUAGCUGAGGAGGUAGUUACAUGGCACGCUUCGGUGAUUGCUUGGAUGUGAUUGCAAUAUUCUUAGAAGCAUCAUAUUAUCUCAGACAUGUUCUUUCAAGCCCUUGGAGCCCUCCUUUCUAAAUUCACUGUCAUAAUUUAGUAUCUGUUUAAUUUUUCAGUCCAAAGAGAGGAAAUCAGUUGCUGAGUAUUAUUUGACUGCAGCCUCCACAGUCUAAAAACAAAAUGGAAAAAAUAAAUAAGGAUAGCUAUGAAAUGCAAAAAGGAAUAAUGAAUACAACUAAGGAAAAAUAUGUCAAGUACAUGUAUGAGAAUAACUACAUAAAAGGCUAAUUAUUUUCAGUCAUGAGAAAUACAUUGUGUCACUUUUGCCAAGGUAAAUGUGUUGCGGUUUGGUCACUCAUGUGGUGCAUUGCCUAAGUUAUGCAGAUUUUGUAUUGUGUCUUUAGGUUAUAUGUAUGUAAAAAUCUAUUCAAAAUUUUAGAUGUUCAUAAGUAUGCAUUGAUUCUUUUUGUAAGACAAAUACACUUUUGUUAAUUUAUAAACUGUAAUUGGUGUGAAAUAAUGUGCAGAUAGUUAGGAUCUAAGAGAUCACAGAUCAUAGCGGUAGAUCAUGAAAACAUUCCCAGCAAAGAAAUAGAGUUUUAUUCCUUUGAUGAAGAGCAUAUCUGAUUAAGAAGUUGGCACAUGUUUACAGAAAAGAAGCAAGGAACUAUGGUUUGGAAGGAUCCAUGUCUUCCAGAAGCACAAACAUAUUUCAUCGUAUGUUUCAUGAUGCUGUUGUGGAUGGCGACUGGAAGUCAUAGGCAGAGUUAGGCAAGGGCGUCAGGAAGGGUCCUAAUGUUUCACCUGAUGUUCCAUGUCAAAGCAAACAUGGCUUCUUGUGCUCCAGAGUAGAUAUUUGUGGUAUGGACUGACUUCUGGGAAGAAUUUUAGACUUUAUUUUAGACAAUAGUUACAAAGUUAAUAUUUGGGUAGUAUUGAACUCUUUCUAGCAUUUGCGACUUUUGUGGGCUGUGAUUUUGAAUUGCAAGGGAUAGAACAUGGUAAGAGAAAAUUAUGUUGUAGCAAAUUAAUGUUUGUUAAAACUAAACUGUAAUAUACAGUAAUGCAGAAUUAUUUUAAGUGAGUUGAUAUAUGAAAUAGCAGUUCAUAUAUUGGCCUGCCUUUAACAAUUCCAUAGUAUUUUAUUUUGAGGAUUUCUCAUACAAGAAAAAUAAAGCAUGGCAUUAAAUUAAUGUUGAGGAGAUAGGAAGAAACAUAUCUGUAAUGUUGUUUGGUAACUGGAAAAAUGUCAGGUGUCACUUGUAACCCCCCAAGUCAGAGAACUUUGGUCCAGAGGAGGGUAGGGGCAAGUGUCUCCCCAAACAAGUAGGUCCUCCACUGAUUGCUGGACAACUGUGAUAACUUGAAGGAAAGGCACAUUUUACAUAAUUAGUCUUUAUCAUUAUUAUCCUCUCUUUCCCCCCACACCACCCACUCACUAGCUAGCUAUAUCUAGAGAGAGAGCAUGCACGCAAUGCCUCAUGGGCUCAUUUCCACUGGGGAAUUGCAUGGGAACAUUAGUGUAACAUACUGUAUACCACUGUUUUUCUUGCACAAUUCUACCAUGUAGGAUAAUGUCCGUGUCCGUCCAUCCCCCCACCCCCACCCCGUCGCCACAAUGCACUUGCUCCUUCUCUUCUCCUUUCCUGCUCCCCCAUUUUUUUCUGGUGCCGCCACUGUCACAAACUACAAUGUGUUAGUUGGCCUUCUUAUACCCUUCAUUUUCUAUUUUCAUGUAUUUGGCUCUGUGAGCACUUAAAAGAACCAAGAGAGUCCUUUUCCUACAAUGGCAAUUUCAUAGCAUGAGUGUACAUUUUUAGCUUUGAAGAUAUUCAAACAGAUACUAUUCGUAAUAUAGUUUCCAUAACAUUUCCUAUUUGGUGCUAACUAUUGGUCAGUAACUAUUGGUCAUAUUUUCAUCUGAGAAUACCCUUUAUUGAUGUGUUCAUUGCAACCUUGUGUAGCAGAUGUACCACUGUUUUCAGGAAGGUGCUGUGUACAAGCAACAUAGCACCUAUGCUGGACAAGCAACCAUUUCCUAAUUUUUUGUUUUGACAGUUUCUUAAAAUAAGGGGUGAGGAAAUCUGAUUUAGAGGUACUAAGAGCAAGUACCUUGCUUAUCUGAGGUACUCUUUGGCUUGAACUCAGGGAAGUGAAUGCACAGUUUGAUUUAGUGAGGCUACAGCUCAUAUGAGUUUGAUAGUUCUCCAAAAAGUUUGAACGCACCUUCCCAGUUAUCGUUGCACAAUAUCUUUUGGAAAUUGGGUCCCAGACUAAAAAUAUAUCUGAGCACUACCAGUUUUAACUACAGCGCACUUUUCAAUAUUGUUAUUCAUUUAAUUAUUUGUAUAAGGCCUUUUGAAUAGUAACUUUGAGUCACUGUUGUAGCAUGAAACACUAAAGGCUCUUGAAAGUAGGGACAAGACACUCUUUUAAAAGAAAUAUCAAUAUAUCAACUAGCUAUGUUCCACUAUAUUUAUGUAUUGUCAUAGUAAAACUCUAAUAAUUUGUGUUUUGAAGGAAAAUAUUUAGGAAGUGAGCAUGUACUGUAGAAAAUGGGACAGAUGCUACAAACCCAGAGCAUUAGCCUUUCCUUGUUGCUAAAGUUUUGGCAUCAUAGUGUAUGGACUAACACCGGAUUUCUAUGACCUACCAGCAAAAACUGUCAAUGUUUUCAUAGAAUGUGGGUCAGUGCUUUUUGCAUCCCAAUUAAGGGGUCUCUGCAGAAACUUUCAGAUAUCCGUCCAUAUCUUGGCACUCUUUGAAAAGAAGGGAAAGUUUUUGUUUAUCUUGUCUGCAUCUGUGUAACAGUAAAAGUCUGAGGAUCUUUCGAUAGAUGUAAUAAUUUUAUUAGCAUAUGUAUACUUAUGCGAUCUGCAAUUGCUUGUUGCUCCCUCACCUUUCCAUUGAUCACACAUAAUAAGUAAUACAUUAACACUCAUCUUAAUUAAAUCCCAGUUACAUAUAUUAAGUAUCAACUGACCCCUUAAGUACAUGCAGCAUUUACAUGUCUAGUUUUUCCUCACUUGUUAAAAAGCUGUAAGGUACAGCACAAGCUUAUUGGACAGUGGAAGGUGAUCUCAGGCCUGUGUAAACUUCAUUUCUAGAUUUUCGCUAACAUUUGCACAGAAUUGCAAAUAUAUUUGUUGGACAGAAUAGGCACACUUUGAAUCAAAUAUCUUGCAUAUUAUUCUGGGUUUCUUCCUGACUUUUAAAACAGAUAGCUCAAUAUAUGUUGUUUGUAGAUAUAUGAAUCCAGUCUACCUUGUUCUGAUUAUUACCAGGAGGAAGGGGAACAGUUUUCUGUGACUACCAAAUACUCACAAAAUGUCCCAACAAACAAAUGAUGUGAAAUACUUCUAGGGAUGGAUUAAUGCUAUAUUGAAAUUACUCCUGAACACUGAUUGUGAGGAGCAUAUGAGGGACAAUUACGUUUUCAAAACAAGCAAUAAUUGUUGCCCAUAUCACUGCUUGACACAUCUAUUACUUUUCCUUUAUUUGCUAUACUUUUUUAUUUUAUGAACACAACCUGUUCUCUAAAAUAAUCGUGGCCUUUAAGUAUAUGUGUAAAUUAGAAAUAAUUAAAAUCCUGUCAAUAAGAAAUCACAAUAGGGAUCAUCUGGAAAGCUAAAUCUCUCUCAAAGGUGAUUGUGUGGUAAAUAUCUCCUGGUUUUUAUCCAUUAAAUAAAAAUACAACCAAUAUGACAAAUAUUUAUACCACUUCUCAACAAAAGUUUCCAUCUGUAUGUAUGUAUGUAUAAAUAAAUAAUAAAAUGACUCCCUAUCCCCAAAGGUCUCACAAUGUAAAAAAAGAAUCAUAAGAUAGACACCAGCAACAGCCACUGGAGGGAUACUGUGCUGUGGAUUAAUAAAUGCACAGCAAUUGCUGCUUUUUUGCUGUGGAGCUUGGGUUGCCCACACUUAAAAUAAAACAUUCUGGUAUAAGGAUGGGGCCCAGAAAAAGCACCAUGUUCAUCUGAGGUGAACAGCUAUUGCAUGUGCUUACAAGUCCCCUGACUCCAAGCAAUACUAUCCACACAUGCUGCCAGACGCCCACAAAUUGCAGCACAAUCCAGAAUACAUCUGUGCUAAAGUAGGAAAAACCUACAUGCUGAGUAAAGCAGAAAAUGCAACCAAGUGAGCCAAGCCACAGCACAGGCUACAGAUCAAGAUCCACAUACCCUUUAUAUGGCAAUGGAAUUAAACCUCAACAACUUUACCCAUUUUACAGAUGGGAACACUGGCACUAGUCCCAAAGACAGUCAUUGUAUCCCUGGCAGAGAACUCAUGCCUGUUUAUCAGAGAAAGUGUCACUGGACAUAACAAGUCUGAUCUGGCUGCUCCUUCUGAACUUUGCAACAUGGCCCUGUACAGAGCUGCCUCACACCUUCCCAAUCUUGGGUAAGCAAAUGCAUGGAACUGGCAGUGAUGGGCUCACCUUGGACUAGGCAGGUCUGAUGACAAUCUUGCCUCACUGCCAACUGGCAGCAGCAGCAGUGUCCACCCACUGCAGCUUCUCUUUAUGGUCCACCUGCCCUCCCCCGUCCCCAGGCCUGUAUCGUCAAAUACUGUGGCACCAGGCAGCCAUUGAGUCUCCUUUUUACCAUGCUGCUUAGGACAAUGGAUGCUGUCAUCUCAGAUUUCCCCCUGCCUGCCCCCAUACACAUGUGUACACAAUGAACACCUGUGCAAAAUGAGGGUAGAAAAACUGUUAUUCCCUUCUCUUGUCUGACAACUUGCGGGUUUGGAUGCUGAAAAGCAAAGCAAACUAGAAAAAGGCAGUUGGUAGCCUUGUAUGGAGAUGAGCAUGAAUUGCACUUUCCACAGAUUGCUGGAGAAUCUAAGAUUUGGAAAAAAUCUUUUGUUCCAAAUGCAAAUACAUGGAGGUGUUAGAACCACUAAAGUUUAGGGGUCUAAACAUAUCUGAGGAAUAGAAAUUCAUGUCCAUUAUGCCUGGAUUCAUGCCUCUUUUACAUGUUGCAUCAUGAUCAUAUAUUUUGCGUUGUGAAUGUAGUCAUCAGUUAUUUAGGAAGUAGUUAGAAGUGAUUAGAAAAGGCCUGCUAAACCUAGCCCCCCGCCCCCAGCUGUUUUUGAACUACAACUCCCAUAAUCCCCAGCCACAGUGGCCAGGGAUUAUGAGAAUUGCAGGCCAACAUCUGCAGAAGGGCCCAAAUUGAGCAACCCUGGAUUAGAACAUACAGGUGAUGCUAAUAAGGCAUGUUUCUGUAGAAUGAACAGUACUUGUUUUAGUGGCUCAAAUCCAGAGUGAUAUACUGUAGACUCAGCAAGAGGAUUCAUCUUCACAGCCAGAAGUUCAUGAGCAGCAGAGGACAUGCAGGGAGGGAGGGAGGAGGGAUUUCCCCAACCUCUAGAAGUGUUCUGCAGAAAUAUGUCCCCAAGGGCUGCACAGCCAUAGGGUCAUAUUUCUGGAAGGUACAAAGCACUUCUGGCAACCAGGGAGAUAAGCAAAAAUAAUUCCUCUCUCCCUGCCUGCAGUCUGCCAGCUACACAGGAAGCUUCUAGCUGUGUUAAGUGCAACCUCCAGAUGUGAGUCCUCGGUAUCUUCUUCUGGAUGUCAGGCAUUGUCUCUUUGUUACUGCUUCUUUAUCACUGUAACUGAAGUAAAGGCUUAGACUAGUGUUAGAUUGCCUCAUGGAACAAUUAACUUCCCACAAGGUGGGAAGAAGACUUCAAAAGACAUGAUCAAGAGACCUUAUGUAUGAUCUCAGAUAUAUUCCCUUAACACCAGUACUGAACAGCAUAAUGUAGCGUGGAGUCUGAAACCUACAUUGGCCUCAAUUUUUGUGGCUAGUUUGCUUAGGAGAAUUAAAUAUGAAUAAUUAAUGCCAAACACAGAUUUAGCGAAUAGGAUUCAUAAUUAUCAUCUCACGGGUUGUUCAUUUUUAACUAUAAUAAUCCAAGAAUUCCUAGUUGAUUUUUAAUUUUUCUAUUUCAUCUUUGUAUAGUUUGCAGUAAGAUUUACAGAUUAAAAGAAGUUUUUGGCAUAUAUAGUUGUAUAAAAUAAUUACUUUUUAAACCACAGAUCUCAUCCUUGCAACUGACACUCCAGGUGAACAUGUUUUAAUAAAGCUUAAUAAUGGGUGAAUCUUUCAUUGUUGUUAAAUGUUAGCAUGCAUCUUUGAUAUUCAACUCUAGAAGAGCCACUGAAGUGCUUCCAUUGGGAGAAAGAAUUCUUGACCUGAGAUAUAUGUAUGUGUUUACGAGUUCAGAACUGUUUUUACUUCUGUUGUCACUGUACCAUUCCUUUUAUAUCCUGUACCAUUCAAUUUAGUCAAAUUAAGUGUCCUCAAAGAGAUUUCUCAGAGUGGUUUGGGGUUACUCAGACAUCUGCUGAGAGCUUCAAAAGAGUUGCUCAGUUGCCUGCAGCAAUUGGUACUGCACAUUGUAUGUCCAAAACAAUUACCCCACUCUUAAGGAAAUCUUGGGUUUCUUUCAUUAGGUGGCAGCAAUAUGUGAAUGAGUCCUGAUCACUGUAGUGUUCCUUGUUGGUGGUAGAUAUUUUUAACAGGGAGGAUUUUUACUUCUGUGAAAAUCAUUUUCAUAGAACCUAGGUUCUUCAAAAUACUUGGUUAUCAUCAAAAUCCAGUAUCCUUUUGCACUGCAAGUAGAGGAUGCCAUACUAAUUUUCAUUCCCUUUUCACAGGAGUUGUGUGUGUGGGGAAAAAUAUGCUGGAAAGGGUGUUACUUCAGCUCCCUCCUCUGGUAACUUCUCAGGACUCUGCUGCCUUUAAUAAUAUUUAACCCUUUUCAUUCACAUUCAGCCCUUUUUUUCUGGGACAAAGGAUCACACUACAACUGCUUUAUUUGGGCCCAUAGUGUCAACACAUACCAGUUCAGGGAUCUAAUCCUCUAAGAAUCCAUGCUGGCAUCAGUGCAGCGGCUGCAAACAUUUGAUAAUGGGGGGAGAUAUGCAAUGUUGGUGCAGAGAAACCUGACCUUCUACCGGCUCAAAGGGUCCCUGUGCUGGAAGUGCAACAAGUAGUGGAUCUCUCUGGCUAACUGAUUAAAAUGUUAUAUUUCACACAGGCUUGUAUGUGUCACCUCUUUUACAAGUGUGGUUAGUUGGCUUUUGUUUGUUGUUUUUAAUUAUCUCUAAUCUUUAAAAAAUAUGGACAAUAUCUUUACACCCUUAAAGCUUUACUGUUAUAUUAUCAAUGCAAGUUAGAGGCAUGAAAUACUUGCACAUGUUAGCAGCAUUUUACAUUACUUCUGUUGUUGCUAUAUUGUUUUUAUCAUAUAUGUGAUAAUACAGUUUUUAGCUGAAGGACUGCUUUGAAUCUCACUCGUCUCGACUCAGGUUGUAAAGGAAGGGAGGAAGACAUUAUGUGUUGGCACAUCUUCAUACUGUCCAAAGGCUAAGAUGUCAUGCAUGCAUGCACACUCCGUAUCUGGGAUGCGACUUGCAUAUGACUCUGUGAGUCAUUGUGAAAGAUGUACAUCAAGAAAAGUGUGUUCUUCCUUCCAUUUUCAUGUUUUUAUAAUGCAAAGUAGGAAGGAAAGAGUAACGUCCAAAGCAGCCCUAAGGUUUUUUAAAUGUCCAGGCCUAAAAAUGAAAACUCUGUAUAACUGAAGAAAUACAAGCUCCUUUUUUUAACCCCAAGAAAGUGGACAUUAACAGUGCUUGAGAAGGCAGCUUGAAAAUGUUAGAAUAUUUAGUAGAAUUAUAGUUAGAUGGUAAUGCCCUAAUGCAGGGGGAGGAAAUCUUAUUUCUCCAGUUGCUCUUGAACUAAAACUCCCAUCAUCCCCAGCCUCAAUAAAGAGUGACUGGGGAUGACAGGAGUUGCAGCCCAACAACAGCUGGAGACCCAAGGGUGCCUGUCCGUGCCCUGAUGGGUGCAUUGGACAAAGCAAAUUCUGACCCACAAAAACUCCUUCCACAAUGUCCUAGUUCAAGUUGGUCUGUAAGCUGCGACAAGGCUCUGUUGUUCUUGCACAGAUGGGUGUGCGGUUUGUCACAUGUAGUUUUCUAUACUAUAAAUAACCUAUGUCAAGUUUCCAUAGAAAAAUAUUCAUUAUUAUAUACAUGAACUUCUAUGUGCCUAAUUUAUAUGCACAAGUCCGAAAGUACAUGAAGAGGGUCUUUGCAAGUAUAAAUCAAGUGAUGUAAAUAGUUUUACAGAAAUGUGGGUGCUGCAUGGGUAUCGCAAGAAAGAGAUGUAGACAGGACUGUAUUUGAGGGUCCCACGAUAGCAAGGAAUUCCUGUUUAGGAGCCAGUGUGUAAAGGCCAAACUAGACGAGAUGCAGGAGACAUCUCUCUUAAUGUCUUUUGUUUUUACUGUAAUGCUGCUCCAAUUUUGAUUCAGAGUUGUAAUGGGGAGGGUACUUAACUCUUUUCACACAAGCUAUUGUCCUGAUGAUAAACCACUCCUCACCACCACUUUUCUCCCAACAACAGAAAAGAUGAGUGGGCCCAAUAACAACUUCCUUAUAGGUAGGUAGGUGGUUUGGGUGUUGUUUUUCAGUAUGCAAAUGACCCCCUUCCUGAUGCUAUUGCAAACUUGACUCCCUUCUGUCGAGAUUGCAUUAAAAUCAAAAUAAAAACUUUCAGGAAACACUUCAUGUCUUCUGCAUCAAGUCUAGUUUGGCCCCAAAGAAAACAAAGAGUUUUGAGCAUCAUGGAAAUUCCUUGGGUGGGGGGAGUAUGAGUGCAUGGUUCCCUAUUUUUCUUAAUAUUGAGAUAGAUAUAAAAACAUCUAUAAUCCUAAACUCAUGAUUAAUUUGCUAAGGCUCCAAUUGUGCUGCAUGUUAAGGUGGCAUAGCCAGCCCUGCAAUCACUGUGAAUUAAUAUAUUGUGAGUUAAUGCCUGGCACUUCUGUCCAGGAAGGUGGGAGAAAAAGGAAAUGCAAGACAAGCAGGGAACGUACAUGGCAGGAGCUGCUGUUUCCGUAGAAAGUAAAGCUCUGAUUUUAGCUUUGAAACAUUCAGCCAGGUAGUUGAAUUUGACUCUGGGAAUGACAAGCUGCUUUUCUGCAGUCAGGUAUUUUUGAAUAAAUUAUAUUUCAGGUUUUAUUGCCAAUUGUGUAGCAUUUGUAUAUAGCAUUGGUGAGGAAUGCACUCUGAGCAGGAAGUAUAAAUUAAACAACAAAAGGGGUGGUUGGGGUAAUCAUUCUCCUAAAGCUUCCCUUAUUUUUUUCUUGUGUUCUUGUUUCUUCAAUUGUGAAAAUAUCUUUUUAUGUUGGAAAGGUUAUAACUAUUAACCUGAAGUGGUUGUUAGGGCAUUUGGUAAUUAGUAUCUACAUUUUUUGUGUGGCUUGUUGAAUUAAAUUUUUGCCUUCUUGUAAUCCAUAUAAUAUUGUGAGGCAGUCACAAAAGAAACCAAGAUUGACAAAAUAAGGUUGCCAAUUCUUUGUGGUCAGGCAAGACACAUUAGAAAGCACAGCCUAGUGAAAUUUUGUCUGAAAUACAAGCAUUGUGUGGGCUCCUCCAAUUCUUAGUUUAUUCCCAAAUAACCGUAGUAAAGCCAAAAGGUGAAAUCACAGAAGCCAAUGACAUUACUCCAGUGGCUGAAGCAUGAUGGCCGUCAAAGCCCUGCAGUCCUACCUUCCAAAGCAGAGAUCCCAACCAUCUGGAGGAGUGGGGUUUGGAAUUUAUUUAUUUCUUUUGCAGGGGGGGGCACCUUUUCUCAAACUCAUAUCCUAUGUGGACUUCCUGCAUCCCAUGUCUGUAACUGCCUGCAUUAUCCAUGUACUUCCAUCCAGUUGCAGACUCUUCCCACUUUUUCUAAGUCUCCAGCCUCCCAAAGAUUCCUAAUCCUGCCCCCCUGGAGACCAUUAGGCACCUUCUUUUGGGAAACUCUGCUGCUGUUCUCUGUAGAAGUACUGUAUAAGGAUCCCUGGUUAAUAAAAUAAAACAAUUUUUGUUGUUAAUUUGGGGUGAGGUUUGCCUUAAUUUUAUAAGAAAGGCAGGAUAAGAAAUUCUAGAUCAAUAACUAAGUAGUUUUAUAAAGCAUUCAAAUUCCCUGCUUUGUUGAUAUCUUCAUUCUUGUAAAUGAAAGAUGAAUGUGCUUUCCUGACACUGACAUAGUCCACAGGGAUGAUUUUGGAACUGAAGCACAUACCUAACAUUCUUUGUAGACUGAAGACCCACCAUCAUGUAUGGUUUGGUUACUGAUUCCACUCUAGUUAAGACUAGAGUGUGAGGAUCUGCUAGCAUGGAUUGCAGGAAUCUUUUUAGAGACAUUCAUUGUCAAAAAUGUGUGGUGGUGGUGGUGGUGGUGGUGGUGGUAGUGGUAAUGUAGAUUUCAUAGUGCAUUGAAUGUUUGUUGAUCCCAUUCACCCAAACCAUUACAUUUCAUUUUUCAUGGUAUCACAGUUAUGUAAUUCUUAGUGGCAUGGGAGAAAGAGAACAAGUUAAUUUCAUGGGCAGCAAAUACCUAGCCAAUGGCUGACUUUUUGUUUCUGUAAAUAGUGUAUAAAGGACACAGCAGUGUGGAAAGAGUUUUUUGGGUUUUUUAUUACCUCAUUCAGCAAAUUUUGUUUUACAAUGACUCAAUGAAACCUUAUUUAUAUUGUUUGUACUGUAAUUAAAAAUUGAUACAUUUCACUUUGCUUGUUAUUUCUUAUGAUCUCAUUUGAUUAAAUAUACUAGUUUGUUUCCUCCUUGCUUUGUUCACCCUGGAAUUUUUGUGUCAGCUGUACAGUAUUCUGAGUUUUAAAAACAUUGUAAAGUCAUGGAGAGAGACUGAUAUACUGGAUAGGUCUCUUUCUAAUAAAGCUUAAGAAAACACA